CCUAGUAAUACUCCGGCCCCUGUCGCUAGUGUCGUUUUAUAACUUGCGGUUUCUAGACUAUUUGGUCUAACCGCAAGAACCGCAAAAACCGCAAACUGCGGUAAUUGAAUCGUGUGACCCAGACUUUGAUAUGUAGCAGUAUUAACUCCCAUAAUACAUGACUUCCCCUCCUUCUCCGUAGUUCCAAUAAACAUGCCUCCCAAACGUGCACGAGGAUUUGGCAACAAACGCGUCUCAUCUUUUGCAAGUCUUAAGAGCAACGGAGCGAGAAAAGUAAUCAGGAUCACGCAGCCUUUGGAUCUUGGAGGCACUUUGAGUGUCCCACCUGUAGUUCAGCCAGCGUCCAAGCGAUCGCCCAUGCGCGAUGAGAACACAAAUUCUUCGAACAAGAGAAGAAAAGCUGACAAUCGUGCUCAAAGCUGGGCAAACAUUCUACCUUCCCUUCUUACAGCUUAUAAGCAAGGUUAUGGUAUUGAGGAGCCUGCACCUCAGGCGCUGGUUCCCAUUGACGAUCCUCUGCUUUGCCAUUGUCCUGAAAGCAAGCGAAAGGAAAAGACUGUUACUUGUAUUUACAAGUGCGGUAUCCGUACUGCCACAGUUAAAUAUUGCAGCGAGUGCCCAGAUCAUUCGUUGCCGUUGGUAUUGAUGCGCCGCCACCUGUUUCCCAUGACACCAUCAGGGCCGAAUCACGCUGUUCAUAUCGAGCAAAUGCGCAGUUUUCAUAACCUGCACUACAUUUGCCGUGUUUCGGUCCAUUCCAUUGCAAGUUGGGCCCAAGCAGAGUAUCAUCAAAAGCUUCAAGCAACGUCUUAGUGAAGCACUUCCAAUGUAUGGAAGGUUAAUGCUUAACUUGGAAAAGGAGCUUAGAGACGAUUGCGAUCUUGAGAGGGCUUGUCCAGCAUGCAAAUACAAGUCCGGGUCCAAGAUUGUUGCUGCAGAUGGCAACAUGCAACUACGCAGAUUCAAAAAAGCACAGGAUCCGAAAGACGUGGUAUUUGCUGGCCAAGAAGAAGUAGAUUGGUAUUGGGUGAAAAA